AUGAAAAAGUAUAAAGAUUUUAAUAAAAUAUGGAAAAUAAAGGAAUACCCCACUGCGGAGCCGAUCGUGCAUAUUGCAUUUUAUGCCAUUAGGCUUACCCUUUUUAUACUUAUCCGUUUACUGAAUCCUGAACUUAUAGUGCGUUCUAACAAAAUGGUGGCAGCUGCAAAUAAUUAUAUUCUAAAGUAUUCGCUCUCGCUAUUCCUGCUGUUUUAUGUCCUUUACUGCCUGCUUACAGGAAAUAUCUACGGAUAUUGCCUGUCCGUUGUUUUAAUGUUCCACAAUUUUCUAUUUACACUUGUAAUAUCAAUACUAGCACGUUUUGAUGCUGAUAUUAAACUAAAAUACUGGGCCAUUAGCAUUGCAAUGUCGAUAACGUACGUUAUUGAGAUAGGCUUCACCGUGUUUUUCAUAUACAAAAGAAGGGUUGAGAACAGCAGAUCCAUCUUUCAGAAAAUAGGUGCCGAUCCGAAAAUCAAUGACAUAUAUUCAAUACGGCAAAGACUUCAAACGUUUGGUGUGAUAAAUCUGUUUAUUCCCAUUUUGAUAAUACAGAAGCUAUACUUAAUUCCAGAUCAGUUUGAGCUAAAGUCGGAGAUGGUUACUAUUGUGGUAUUGGUGUUGACAGGAUGCAGCAUGUGUUUGUCUAUACAAAGUUUCAUGGCGAAGAUCUAG